CUUUCUCUCUCCUUCCUUUUCUCAUUGGAGCCAUCGAAUCCCUAUAAAAACCAACAAAUAAAUCGCAAUCCCAACCGUUCAUCUUCCAUCCAACGGUUAACUUGAGUCGGCGAUUGGUUUUCCCCCCUCUUUCCGCUUGUGGCUUUUUAUCAUAAACCCUAGCCGAUACCAGCCCGCCCCCUCCAGCACUCCCGCUUUCUCUCUCUCCUCUCUCAAACCCAUUCUCUCUCUCUCUACUUUAUCUAUUUUAGUUUUAGAUCUGGUUUGCGUCUCCUGUAAAUUAGUCUCUCCCUCUCUCUCUCUCUCUCUCUGUGUUUUUCUGUUGAUGUUGUGUACUUCUUGUUAAUCGUACUUGUUAAUCUCUCUCUCUCUCUCUCUGAUUCAUUUUCUCAACCGCCAAACACUUUCCUUUUCUUUUUGUUGUUGAUAAUUUUUUUCUGAAUAAUUAGAAAAAUCUGUUAAUUUCUUUUUUUUUCUUGUAAUUAAUGAACCCAACUCGUUCCGAGUUCCGAGUCAGACCGAGUAGAUAGGGUUCCGCGUUUUCCCCAACCUUGAGUACUCCCUCCCCGAGUCUGGGGCUGAGUCGACUCGGAGAUCGACUAGGCGACUCAGCGAGUCGAGUAGGAGGAGGAAGAGGAGGAGUGCGCCCAGAGUGGUGUUGCUCCGGAAUCUGAGCACGGAAAUGCCAUCGGUGGAGAGGAGGCGGACAACGAGGGUUUUCGGGAUGGGGAUGGCCAAGGGCGGUGUGGACGGGGCUCGGGUUUUGCGGUCCGGGCGCCGCCUCUGGCCCGAAUCGUCCGAGUCCAAGCUCGAGAGGGCCCACCGUGGCUAUGAGGACUGGUUCAAAGUCAUGAAAAGCCGUGCCAGUCAUUCUGUUGUUUCUUUAAAGCCCAAGAGAUGGCCCGGGAGCCACCACAUCCGGAGUUCGAAGCAAACCCCCGUCGUUUCGAAAGUUCCAGUGGCUAAGAAGCCUGAAAGUAAUGACCUUUUGGCAGAUGAGCUUAAACAGAAGAAGAUGUAUGGGAUUGUGUACACCCGAAAGAGGAAGCGCACCACUGCGGAUGUGGAGAAGGAAGGUGGUUCCAAGGACAGAAUGUAUGGGCGGAGAUUUGUUCGGAGGCCGAGGAGGAAGACGAGCGGGGAGCUGGAUCCCGAAGUGGGUGUUGUGUCCCCCGAAGCGCUUUGUGUUUCGUUUGAGUCUUCGUGCAGUCGGAGAUACUGGUCUGCUCGUUUUUUGUGUUCGGUUUUUGUGUGCAUGACGAGGGCUAGUCUGGGAUUGACUGAGCUCUCUGAAUUCCUUGCAUCAGAGCCAAUUGGUAGCUUUUUUUCCUCCUGUGGCAUUCAGUUCUCGCGGGUUCGAUCUUGUAGUAGGAGCUCUGGAAUUUGCAAGUUAUUUGGGGCCAAACAGUUUAUUCCAUUGUUUUCUGUGAACUUUUCUGCAGUUCCUUUUUGUUUUAUGGACAUGCAUAUCACCAUGCAUCUCAGAUAUAAAUGUCAGCUAACUGUAAACAAUCAGAUUGAUGGGCAUGAAAGUGAUGAUGACUAUGAUGAAGAAGUUGAUUGUGUUGAAAGCACACCGGUUUCGCAUUCUAGUGCCAGAGUUACAAAAUUACCUUGUAGAAACUCACAGUAUAGGAAUAGUUUAACUUCCCGUGGUACUCAGAAGAGGCGGAGUUCAUUGAGGACAAGGCGAUCUAGAAAUCCUUCCCCGGUUGCCUUACGGAAGCCCAAUGGAGCCUUAGUUUCUGAGCUAUUCAGUUCUAGGAAGAAUGGCCACCCCUUUUCUUCUGUAGCCUCUAAUAACAAGCGGAGGAAGUCAAUUCCAACUUCCCCUGUAGGUAACCUGAUAGAAGACGGUUCAACCAUGGAGAGAUCAGCACGGGAUUUAGAUUCUACAUGUUGCUCGGCAAAUAUAUUGAUCGCUGAAGCGGGCAAAUGUUACAGGGAAGAUGGAGCAACUGUCAUGUUAGAAACCUCUUCAUCUGGAGAGCGGCUUCUUGUGAUCAAGAAAGAUGGAUUAACCCGUUACACCCACAAGGCAGAGAAAGUAAUGAGGCCCUUCUCUAAAAACCGUCUUACGAAUUUUAUAAUGUGGUCUGCGGAUAAUAAUGGGGAAAAUAGUUGGAAGCUAGAAUUUCCCAAUCGAUCUGAUUGGUGUAUUUUCAAGGACCUUUACAAGGAGUGCUCUGGUCGUUCUGUCCCAUCUCCAGCUGUCAAGUUCAUCCCCGUGCCCGGUGUGCAUGAAGUCCCAGGAUAUGCAAAUGGUCACCAUGCUCCUUUCCACAGGCCCGAUUCAUACAUAUCUCUGAAUGAUGAUGAGUUGUCUAGAGCCAUGAAAAAGAGAAAUGCAAAUUAUGACAUGGACUCUGAUGAUGAGGAGUGGCUGAAGAAGUUCAACAGUGACUUUUUGGCUGAGGAUGAACUUGAUGACCAUGUUUCCGAGGAUAACUUUGAAUUAAUUGUCGAUGCAAUCGAGAAGGCAUUUUAUUAUAGACCAUAUGAUUUUUCUGACAACAAUGCAGCUGCAAAUCUUUGUCCGGAGAUGGGAAGGAGGGAAGUAAUAGAGGCUGUAUAUGGUUAUUGGAUGAAUAAACGGAAGCAGAAGCAAGUAUCAUCACUGCUUAGGGUGUUCCAGGCGUAUCAGUCGAAGAGAUCUCUGCUAGACCCAAAGCCUAUUAUGCGCAGGAGAAGAUCAUUCAAGCGACAGCCGAGUCAAGUUGGUAGAGGAAAACAACCAAGUUUCUUGCAAGCUAUGGCUGCGGAACAAGAUGCGAUGCAAGAGCAGAAUGCUGUGUAUAAAGUUGAAGAAGCGAAAGCUGCGGCGGAGAGGUCUGUGGAAUUAGCUAUCCGCAAACGACAACGUGCUCAGUUACUCAUGCAGAAUGCAGAUUUGGUAACUUAUAAAGCGACGAUGGCGUUUAGAAUCGCUGAAGCAGCCCUAGUUCUCGGAUCACCGGGUGCCGCUGCUGAUUAUGAAGACCUUUUUAUUAAAUUCGCACAAGGGCUCCAAAAUAUUCGAUACGGCCCUGCUCAGUGCAAAGUUGAAAGAACAGCAUUUUACCGCAAAAGAGCAGCGGGGACGUACUCUCCGCUGCCUUAUGCUUUUGCUCAGGUGGCGAUUGAGACAGUUUACGUCGCAGUCCAAACUCCGGCGUAUGGUCUCAUCCUCUUUUCAAUGAUCGGGUUCACUUGGCGCGCUGACAAGUUUUUCUGGUUCUACUACUUUAAAUUGACGUCCCUUAUCUGCUUCACAUUGUACGGCUUGAUGCUUGUAGCUCUCACGCCAGGCCACCAAAUUGCGGCAAUUGUGAUGUCCUUUUUCCCUGAGCUUCUGGGAUCUCUUCUCCGGUUUCCUCCCCCCAGGAUGCACGACACGAAUGCUAAUCACUUUUGUGUGACUUGGGACUCGGCACUAGCAUCUGACAGAAUUACUCGCUAG